AUUGUUCUAUCUGUGGCUGAACCACUCCUUCCUCAUUCGCACAUUUCAGAGUUUGCGUUUCCCCGGUUCUAAAUAAGCUCCUGUUUGUCUUCCUGUUUGUUUUGUCUUGCAAUCGCAGAAGAAUGGAUUAUGUGUUCAGUGAGAUCUGACAUCUCUUAAAGGUUCGUGAUUUUAAAUAGUAAAUCAAAAUGCAAUUUAUCGUUUAGUUGAUAAGGUUUUAUUUCGGCUCUCGCUCGAAUGUUACCGUUUAUUCAUUGGCCUAAACUUUAUUACGGGAAAAACGUUUUAUUGAGUUAUUGCGGUAAUCCACAAUUAUCCAUGGAUUGUCAUAAGAAAAUGGGUGAAUUGCAUAUAUAUAUAUAUAUACACACACACACAUAUAUAUAGCUUGUUUUGAUAGCCUCGAUGUAUUCUAUCCGUAUUUAUGGAAAUAACUCAUUCUUUCAAGUUGGAACUUUGUGACUCAUCCUCAGGUCCGGCAGUGCUAGUCGUCAGUGGUCCAAUUUGAAGUGCCAUUCUAUUUUUCCAUCCUUCAUUGGCCUAUGUGCUAUUUUGAAGUACCCUAGAAACAAUAACAAAACAUAUUUGCCAGUAAUCACUUUGCUAAUGGUGUGUUGUUGUAGGCAGUUACUAUUUCAGGCAGAGAGUACUGCAAUUUUGUAAAAGUUGAUUUGUUUUAUGGUUUUCCAUUGAGUCAGUGUAUUUUAUUUUGUCCCCUUUAAGUUAUGGGUUGUAGGUAGCACAAUAUUGGACUAAAGGAGCUAGCGUUACUCCUUUGUCAAAGAACCAUACAAAUACUCCAUCUGAACGUGAAAUCGAUUCUCAAUUGUUGUAUGUCUCUAGAAACAUAAAUCCCUCUACUUUCAUAUCAUAUCAAAAUAAUUUCACAAAUGCAAAUGUACACUAUUUUAACCGUUUUAACACAAUUGCAGAUGAUAGAAUGUUAGUGACAGCACAUUUGUGGAGUCAGUCUUCUGUUUACAAACAGGUGGUUGGAGACACAGAUGGCUAAUUAGCACAGGUAGUCCACUUUGGGAUUGGGUUGGCGGAUCGCAUCCAACUUUUAGGUGCAUAUACCGCCACCCACUGUCUAGGAGUGUGAGGCCAGUCACGGCCUACCUACAAUAAAUUCUAGUACUACAAAUAUGUGGGAAAAGGAAAAUUACCCUGCCAACUAUUAUCCCUCACACAAAAAACACCACUAUUUCCACUAUUUAACCGUAUCUAAUCUUACUACUGGCCAACGGUCUGGGAAGACAGAUACUAUCACAAAACACCCCCUGCAACUCUUCUGCAGUAAAACCUCGCAAUCCCAAGGACUUCUUUGCAGCUGCCAACACAACCUCUAUUUUUUGUGACUUACUUUUUCUGUAGUACAGUUGACAACCAUGGCUAUGAAUGCUAAGUAACCCUCCAUACUGAAGCACAUUCUUCCCAUCCCCCUGUAUUGGUCUCUGCCUAUUCACAGGAAUCCUCUCAGGAUCCCUCACCCUGUACCCAUCUUACUCUACCACUCUCUUCACUGCUUUAGCAUACAACACUUUCUUUACUACUUUGACCCUGGAAACAUCAACCUGCCUUUCUCUCACCGGACACCUCUGAUUUCCAGCCCCAUGGGUACCCCCACAGCUAACACACACAACUUUCUCCACCGAUACUACACAUUCCUUCGUCUCAUGUCCUCCUGCACACUUCUCAAAUCUAAUAAUCUACCUCUUACAUACUGCUGCCACAUGACCAUAAGCUUAGCACCUAAAACACUGUAGUACUUUUGUAACAACAUUUCUCACGGGUUAACUGACACAUCCUACAUUGACCUUGUAGGGCAAGGACUGCAUCAAAACUCAGCAGGACAAACAAUGUCUUCAGUUUCACCACGUUCCUACCGCGUCUGCGUCACACCAAACGCCGGGCGUCACAGACACCAGUAAUCUUCCAUUUCAGCUGAUCCUCCUCAACACUUAAUGCCACCCCCUUUAUCACUCCUUUCAACGUCGCCCUGCUCUGGGGAGCGAAGCAAGUCACAGUUCUUGUCGCGUGGUCCGGUUGUGUUUUGGAGGACGCAUGCAUAUCCUGAGUCCAUACGGGAGUUGCAGCGAUGAGACAAGACUGUAACUUCCAAUUGGAUACCACGAAAUUGUGGAGAAAACGGGGUUUUGGGCUGCAGCUUGAUCAGAGUCGAUGAGAUGCUGGCGUGAGGGGUGACACUGGUUUUGUCUCCUCCCUGAGGUCCAGGGAGCCAGGAUGCAGGGGGCGAUAGCACGGGUGUUUGUGGUGGUGGCAGCGGCCAUCUUGAACCAUCCGCUGCUGUUCCCGCAGGAGAACACCACCCUCCCAGAGCAGGAUGAGGCCCUGCUGGCCCGCAUGAGGGAGCAUGAGAAGAGGCUGGAGCUGGAGCAGGCGCGGCUGGAGCAGGAGCUCUUGUAUGCAGGCACAGAGCAGCAGGACCCUGGCUCAGAGGACGGCUACGGCUGGUACUUCUGGAGCGCCCUCUCACUGGCCAUCUUCUUCACUAUUGAGGUGUGUCGGCAGGAUUUGGCAGACAUGGAAGCCCGAUACGCUGAUGAUGAGGAUGGGUUUGUUGAGAGUGGAUCCAUCAGUUCCAAGACACUCCAGCUCGAUAAAGGAGUCCUAAACAGCUUCUGUGAGAGAUGCAUCUACACCUCGGCCCAUGAGAACUGGCGGGUGCGGGAAUUUGUGGAGGGCUUCGCUGACGACCUGCUGGAGUCCCUGAGGAGUGUGUGUGAUAGGGAGACUGACAUGGAGGUGGCGGACUUUGUGGGCGUUGGGAGCAUGUUUGAGUCGUGGAGGGUGAGCAAGCCGCUGAUGUGUGAUCUCAUUGUCCCUUUCACCCCCCCGGAGCCAUACUCCUUCCAGUUCCAGCUGUGGUGCAGCCCCUCCAGUGACGUGCCCCUGGACAUGCAGGGCUGUGGCAGGAUCAAGGUGACAAAGGUCGGGGAGAAUGAGGAUGGCUGUCUCUGUGGCUCUGCCAACCUGGGUGAGGACAUGCUGUGCUUGCUACACAGCAAAAAUGAAAAGCCCAGAGCAGACCACACCCCGGAUGACCUUCUGUGCUCCAAGAACACACCUUAUCUGGCUAAGGACCAGGUCAUGAAGUGGUUCCAGAUAUCCGUGACCAAAGCCUGGGGACGGAUUUCUCACAAGUACGAGUUUGAGCUCACUUUCCACAACCUGGAUGCGACUGGAGCACUGAAGGUCCGAUUCCGCUCAGGAAAGGUUGUUGUGAUGAACAUCAUCCCCGUUGUGGAACUAGAUGGCACAAAUGCCUACUUUGUAUCACACUUCGCCUCUGACAGCAGCACCUAUUCAGACACUUACUGGCCCCUCUCCUUCGCUGUCUAUGAGAAGAACCUGCUCAAACAUGUGACUAAAAGCCUGCCUGAAAAUUCCUGCCACCUCCACUGCCUUCAGCUCAUCACUUUCCUACACAAGAAACAGAUGGGUCUAACUGGCAGGUGUGCUCUGACCAACUACCACCUAAAGACGACCCUGCUGCACCUGUUGUUGAGUAAGGGCUCGUCUAGCUGGGGCUCUGAGAGUCUGGAGCACAGGCUACGGGACAUGCUAGGCUUCCUUCACAGGAGUCUUCAGGAGAAGAGACUCUGUCACGCUUUGGUUGGGAACAGCCAAGUUCCACCAGAAGUCCGGGUUCCGGCACCAUUCCACACGGCGGAGCCCAUCAAUCUUUUCCGGCCACUGGUGUUACAGAGAGAGCUUUACGCUGACACGCUUCGGCAUUUCCAGGAGAUGCUCAGGAACGCUCCUGUUCUGAUUCAGGAGUACACGCCUUUGUUACAAAAUGGCGACACUCACCACAGACUCAACUCGAUGGCACAGUCUGAGUAAUGGACUCUGUUUUAAUGCACUGCAAUGAGUGGAGGUAUUCUUAAUAACAAUAAUAAUAAUUAACAAAAGUAUGUUACAGCUUUAAGACAUUUCUCUAGGCACUGAAAAGAGAAGUGAACAACGUUCCUUUGUUAUUUUGAAAUGGACUUUGUGGUUGGUGGUUUUAUUUGAUAGCAGCUUCUAAAAACACUCAAGGAAGUUACCAAAGCGUGUUCUUAGUAACAGCACUGUAACUGGUAUUUCAAUAUGGCUGUUUCACAAGUGCAAUUAUAUUUUACUGAAUUGAAGGUUUACAAAAACUGUUUUCCCCUCACAAAAUUAGAGCAGUAUAUUUUGAUAUGAAGAAUAAGUAUUAUUUUUGUAUUCUAGAGAAGACCACAUCAUACUUUGUAGUAUGUGUGUUUUUAUGAUGCAGUAUUAUGUAGUACUUGUCAACAAUUGCUAUUUGACAUGAAGGGAUAUUCAUUUUGUAAGCCGUGCAACAGUUUGAAAAUACCAAUUGAAGACUCCCUGUUACACGUCUUGGCUGUCAUUCACCAAAAGACAAGAAUGUCAGCAAAGGUAUUCCGUUGAAAUUCCUUUACAAUGGGUACAUGAGGAACAUAAGAUAAUUUUAGAAAUUCCUUUCAGCAUGACAAUCUUAGAAAUGACACACAACAUGUACACAGCCGAUGUUGUACGGUUGUGCUAACUAAUUGAAGGAAAAAUUCCCCUCUGUUUAAGUUCAGUCUUAGGUUCACGUAUAAUUAAAUGGCAAAUAGACAACGUAUGGUUUGAGAUAGUGGAAUGCACUUGUAAAAAUGUCAUUUGUGUGUAUAUAUAUAUAUAUAUAUAUAUAUAUAUAUAUAUUAAAAAAAAUAUUUAUUAAAAGAAAAUGUAUAUUUUGUAGUAUUACCCGUAUCGCUCAUACCCAUUGUAACUUGCCUAUUUUACCACAGAAUGUACUUUUAACAGCGUCUGUUUUUUUGCAGUGUUUUUAUUCAUAAAUGUUGAAGGACUUUA